CGGUCGCGGACUCGGGUCCAGUUCAGUUUCGCCGCUCGGCGCAAAAUGUUGUAGCUUGUGGCUCCCUCGAGACCCGUAGCCGACGUAUAGCUGCCGAUUCCUGAGCCGAUUAGGUCAUGGCCCCGCCAAGCAAACUAUUGACCCUGUUGGCAUUGGCCGCCAUUUCAGUCCACGUGGCCUUAUCCCUGGAGUUUAUGGACGAAGGCCCCUUCAGCAAUGAACAGAAUCACCACUUGGACGAGGAAAGCUCCGCGGAGGUGCCAGCUGUCCUGACGGGCUAUACCAGGGACACGAUAGCCCACUUCAACCCUCGGAAGUCGGACACAGGAUUCCGCCAGCUCUGGGAACGGGUUCCCCUGCAGAAGGUCGAUGUGAUCAAGCGAUGACGGAACUGAACGGGGAACUCAUGACGAAAUUGGCGAUUAUCUUACGGACACCGUGACUAUAUUAUAAGGAGCUACAAGUGUGAAGCUGAGUCACUAACUAAUAGUUUUUGCGUUGACUGCAUGAUGGAUUAGGAAAUUAUCAAGCACUGGGAACAAUAAAGAGCAUUAGAGUCUCAAAAUGACUAAUAAAUGAAAAA